AUGGCGGAGUCACUCCUUCUCGCGCUCACGAAAGUGAGUUACUACUUAGCCGAACAAGCCGGUUACAAGCUAACUGAAGAAAUAAGAAAGCUGAGGGACCUUCCAAGUAAGGUCGGGAAAAUUGAGCGGGAACUGAGGAUGAUGAAUGCAGUCGUACGGCACAUUGACACGGCCGACACGAACGAGCUCCUCAAGGAAUGGAUAGUGGACGUGAGGAAGCUGGCGUACCGUGUGGAGGAUGUCAUGGACAACUUCACCCAUCAUGCUCUUGAGCUCGAGGGAGAGUCCUUCAUGAUGAGACAGGCCAAGAAGAUAUACUUCAGCAAGCUUUUCAGUGCAAUGGCAUCUGACAUAAUCCAGAUAGAUGAAGACAUUCAGCAUGUUACGGCCCUGAGAGAACGGUAUGUGCAUGUUGACCUGACUCAACAACAGAUGCAAGCCCCCCAAGAUGAACUGUUGCCUCAAGUCCGGUUCCCGCAGUUUGUAAAUGAUGAAGAUCUGGUGGGGAUGCAACCAUACAAGGUCCCGCUGACACAGUGGCUGCAGUCGGCAGAACCAGAUGGAACAGUGAUAACAGUGUGCGGUAUGGGAGGACUGGGAAAGACCACCCUCGUCGCAAAUGUGUAUGAGCGGGCCAAGAGCGAGUUUCAGGCCCAUGCAUGGAUUGCUGUGUCCAAGACAUACGCGCCGGACGCUCUGCUGAGGACACUGAUUCGGAGUGUUGGUGAGGAUAAGCAAGAGCAGCUGGGGAAUGACAAGAACAUCCAAGAUCUGAGAGCAGUACUGAACAAGAAGCUCAAGGAACACAAUACCAUCCUAGUACUGGAUGAUGUAUGGGACCAACGUGUGUUUCUGGACAUACAGGACGCAUUCAAAGAUCUUGAAACAAGCCGUGUUGUGAUCACGACAAGGUCCGAUGAUGUGGCCUCUCUUGCUAAUCCAGCUCGCCGGCUUAAACUGCAACCCCUGGAAAGCAGUGAUGCAUCUGAGCUCUUCAGAAAGAGGGCAUUUGCCAAGAACAGAGACCACAAGUGCCCCGACCAUCUCAAGGAGCUCGCGGAAAAUAUUGUCAUGAGAUGCCAAGGCCUGCCACUGGCGAUCGUGUCCAUCGGCAUCCUGCUGUCUUCGAGGAAGCAGAUAAAGCCUGUGUGGACGCAGGUUUAUAACCAGCUUCGAUACCAUCUGGCCAAGAACGAUGAUGUGCGAGGGAUUAUAAACCUGAGCUACCGCGACCUGCCUCCCGAGCUCCGAAACUGCUUCCUGUACUGCAGUAUGUUCCCGCAGAAUUGGUAUCUGGCACGGAGAAGCCUUGUCCUGCUGUGGGUUGCAGAAGGAUUCGCCGUGAGAGAAGACCAGAGCACGGCAGAAGAGGUGGCUGAGGGGUACCUGGAGGAGCUGAUACGGAGGAACAUGCUGCAGCUCGUGGAGACGGAUGAGCUAGGCAGGGUGAACACAUGCAAGAUGCACGACAUAGUGCGCGACCUGGCUCUUUCCAUUGCCAGGAACGUGAGGUUCGGCGCAACAAAUAACUCCUCUGAAGCCAUCUCAACAAUGGAUACUGAGAUAGUUCGUCGCCUGUCCAUGAGUGGAGACACGUAUAUCAAUCAGAAGAAGGGGCUGCCGCAUCUCCGCACCCUGAUAGCACAUGGAAGAAGCCCUGCAUCGUCCCCGGACGCAAUAUGGCCAGUUCUGCUCAAGUCCAAGUUCAUAACUGUUCUCGAGCUGCAGGAUUCCAAUAUCACUCUGGUGCCACCGUCCAUUGGGGACCUAUUCAAUCUGCGAUACAUCGGCUUAAGAGGGACUGCAAUCAAGAUGCUACCAGAUUCUAUUGAGAAGCUGCUGAAUCUGCAGACCCUGGAUGUGAAAUCAACUGGCAUAGAAAGGCUGCCACGAGGGGUCGCCAAGGUGAAGAACCUAAGGCACCUGCUAGCCGACCGUUCUGACGACGACAAGGAUCUGGAGUUCACGUGCCUGGGAGUGGCUGCACCAAGAGCUCUAUCAAACCUGGAGCAGCUGCAGACUCUCGAGACAGUCGAAGCAAGCAAUGACUUAGCAGAGCAACUCGAGAAGCUGAUGAGACUGGAGAGCCUGUGGAUCGACAACAUCAGCGCGAACCAGUGCGCGGAACUGUUCGCUGCGGUGUCCAGGCUGCCUCUUCUCUCGAGCCUGUCGCUCGCCGCGAGUGGCCAAGACGAGGAGCUCUCCUUCGAAGCUCUCCAGCCAACGUCCAGCAAGCUCCAGAGGCUGAUCGUGAAGGGGCUCUGGGCCACCGCGACUCUGGACUGCCCCAUAUUCAAGGAUCACGGAGGGAACCUCAAGUACCUGGACAUGAGUUGGUGCAACCUCGGGGAAGAUACACUCAAGGAACUUUCAUCUUACCUGCAAAACCUCACUCACCUGAAUCUCAACAGGGUGAACAGCGCGAAGCAUUUGGUUAUCCCUGCAGCCGUUUUCCCGCUCCUCAAGACGCUUUCGCUGCAGGAUAUGCAUGACGUCGUCAAGCUAACGAUAGAAGCUGGCGCCAUUCCGACGAUCCGAGCGUUGUAUCUUAGGUCGAUGCCGAAGCUGGGGAUAAUUCCUGAUGGCAUCGAGUCCCUUGACUCCCUCAAGAAGCUUUGGAUGGUUGGCCUGCACCCCGAGUUCAGUGCGCGGUGGAAGAAGAAGGAUGAGUGGCGUCAGAAGGUAAGCAAAAUCCCGGAGCUUCGCAUUAUCUAA